AUGCAUUAGCAGAGGGGAGCUGCAAGUCUCCUUGUCCUACCAGCCUGUGGCGCAGAGAAUGACUGUUGUGGUGCUGAAAGCCCGACAUUUGCCAAAGAUGGAUAUCACUGGCCUCUCAGAUCCCUACGUCAAGGUGAAUGUUUAUUACGGAAGAAAGCGCAUAGCAAAGAAGAAGACUCACGUGAAGAAGUGCACUUUGAAUCCUGUCUUCAACGAAUCCUUCAUUUACGAUAUUCCUGUCGACCUCCUUCCUGACAUCAGCAUUGAGUUUCUAGUUAUCGAUUUUGACCGUACCACAAAGAACGAAGUGGUGGGACGGCUGAUUCUGGGAGCACACAGCAUCACCGCGGGUGGUGUGGAACACUGGCGAGAGGUGUGUGAGAAUCCUAGAAAGCCAGUUGCCAAAUGGCACAGCCUGAGCGAAUACUAGCAGAGGUUGCGGCAGCAACAACCGAUUUGUAGAACAGACUUAAACCUUGUUGUAGCUGUAGAACUAAACUUUCGUAAGAAGCAGCAGCUGAUUGGUUCUCUAGUGAUGUGAUUUUGCAGGGCACUAAAAUUCUAAAGAGCAUUAAGUGAAAAAAAUAAUUACCACGACUAUAUAUAACAGUGUAAUCACGCUAUUGCAUGCCUAAUACAAACUGAAAUGAGUGUAACUACCACUAUCAAGUUGCAGAUUUUAAUACAAUUAUCUGUCACUUUGGAAGUUGUGUUUGUGCCGAACUGUCUUUGCUGGUAUUCACCAAGAUUGGCCUGUCUUUAUUAGGCUUCUCCCAAAGUUUCUGAAUUCUGCUGUUUAACCUCUAGUUUCUUGUUAGUUUGCUUGCCCAUUGGUUCUUGCAGUUCUGUUCUUUGCUGGUUCGGGAGUACCAACCGCAUCUCCAUGUAAAGGUGGUUUUGAAUUCUGCACUAGCGUAAAAGGAAAAUACAG